AUGAAUGCAUCAAUUAAACGUGAACAUUUAAAACCAUUAUCACCAUCUGCAUCAUCAUCAAUUCGCACAGCAACUAUUAAUAAUCAUAAUCCUAAUCAUUAUAAUAUUGCUACACGUUUAAAAAGUCGUUUAUGUUCAAAUUCAUGUUUAAAAAUUGUUUAUUUAUCAUGUGCUACAUUAAUAUCAGCUAGUUUUAUUAUUGAAUGUAUAUUAUUACAUUUAAUUAUUGUACCAUAUUUAUCUGAAUCAAUAUUUGAAGAAGGUAUGUGUAAAUAUAGUAGUUCACGUAGGGAUGAUACAAAUAAACGUUGUGAAAAUAAAUGUUCUAAAGAACGUUCUACAUUUCCAUGUUUACAAUUAAAAGUAAUAUUUACACCAAUACAUAUUAUACCAUAUAAAAAAUCCAAUCAGGAAUUAAUCAAUAAACGUAUAAAUUACAAAAAUCGUAAUAAUAAUAAUAAUGAUAAUAUGGAUCAUAUAGAUAAUUCAUUUAGAUCUAUGAUGGAUUAUACUAAUACUAUAAAUGAUCCUAAUCUUAUACAUUCUGAUACAUCUAAUUAUACUAUAUAUUAUGAUUUUGAAUCAUCAGAAUCACGUAUAGUUUAUUUAUAUGAUUAUUUUAGUACAUUUACAGCAUAUAAAACAAGUCGAUGCGCAACAAGUCCAUGUCAUCGACGUGAAGAAGAUAAUAAACUAGCUGUGGAAGAAUUCAAACGUGAUUUAAGUCGACGUAAUAUAUUUCGAUGUUACGCUACACCAACACCAUCCCAUACAACAUUAAUUACAACAACAACACUAACAAAUAAUCCACAAUUUUCGAAUAAUAUUUUAACUAAUGAUCAACAAUCUUUCACUAAUACCAUUUCGUCCUCCUCAUCACCAUCAUUAUCUGUUCCUUCGAUUUCUCAAUCUUCUACAACAUUGAAUCAUUCUAUGCUAAUGUCAAUGAAUAAUAAAUCACCACCUAAUAGAUAUCAUCUACCUCUUAUUCAACAAUUAGAUUCUAAUCAUGCUGCAGCUAUACUACAUCGUUUAUAUACAUCAUCAAUGUUUAUGCAUGGUCUUCUAUGGCCUGGUGGUAUAUUUCUAACUGCUUUAAUCAUUUUAUUAUUUACAUAUUUUACUGAUUCAUGUGAAGCAUGGGCUGGAGAUAAAACUGUUAUUGCUUAAACAGGAAAAAUUUAUUAUUUAUUUCCUUUAAUGGAUUAAAUUCAAAGUGAAACAAUAAUACAUAGUGAUUCAUCUUAAAACUUUUCUAAUUUCAAUGAUUAUCAUUAUUUAAUUGAUUUGCUAUGGAUCAUCAUAUUCUAUUUAGAUUCACUUUUGUUUUUGGUUAUUCAAAUAUUGAUAUGUAUGUGUGUAGAUACGUGUGUGUGUGUGUGUAAUUUAGAUUGUGUAUUUAUAUGUUUGUUGUAUGCAUAACGUGCAGGUUUGUGUGUGUGUGUGUGUGUGUGUACGUGUAUGCACCUGGAAACAUGAAGUAAUAAAUAGAAUCUAUAAGGGAAUUUGUUCAUUGUUUAUUCUUUCAUUUUAUUGAUGUUAAUCCAAUCCUCAGUAAUCUAUAAUUAAUAAAUUCCUUGAAAUUUGUAUUAUUAAUUCAUGAAAUUAAACAUGUAUUCAUCUUAAUGUGAAUAUUUAAAGAGUGUAGAGUGAAUAAAUUACUUGUUAUUUCCAGGAGUAGUUGUAGUGCUCAUAGUAAUCACAUAAAUAUGUAGUUUCAUUCAAUUGAAAUUUAUACUGAUGACAACGGAUGUAUAAAUUUUUAUGUUAAUUAGACAUAAGCAACAUAAAAUUCGUGGAAUAAAAAAGGUAUAAGCAAAUCUUACAGUCGAUAAGGAAUGAAUGUAUGAUUGUGACUAGUUUUGAGCUGUAUAACUCGUUGUCUCCAAUCACUGAUUACAAUAAUCACUAGGGCCUCUAAAAGGUAGUUUGUAACCACUAACCAAGAUUAAUCCAAUAGUUAAUGGUUUCAUGGAUUGCUACGACGUCUUGGUUUGACUGCUGUACGUUUUCAGUCACACACUCCUACACUAUAAAAUAUCGUGCGUUGGGCGAGAGGUGAUUGUUUAGCACACAUUACAUAAAUCUUAACCACUUGAAUUGAUGAAGAUCUUUUACCUCAUCAACCGAUUUCUCAUCUUUACUUAAUGCCAUGAGUCUAACCUUAUUCGAUUAUCUCAGCAUACUUGAGUAAGGCUUUUAAGGUAUCUAUGAUCAAAUAUUAUUCACUGAUGAACAUCAUUUAUUUUUAAAAGUCACAUUACACAGUCAUAGAUCAAAAUAGUAGAAAUGUUUGUUCAGUAUACUUCUCUUUUGGUAGGUGAACAGACAUCUUGCCUAAGCCACAGAUGACGUUGGUUAGAGUCAACACAGGUUUCGAAUCCACGACGGAACAUUAUCAUCGAACACCAACCUACCUGGGAAAAUGAGACUUCCAAGAUAGGUAAGGUGAACGAUGCAUCUAACUGAUUCACUCCGUAUCAUAAGUUAUAGCGUUUAUGUAGAACAAUCCUGAAGCAACACUUUACACUUAGGGGAAGUGAUACCCAUUCGAAAAUGUGUUUUCAUUGUUAUUUAAAGUGAUCAAAGAACUCCAUAACUAGCCAAUCGACUAAAUUAACUUAUCAUUUGGUCUAAUUCAAAUUUUAUCUUCAUACACUAAAAAUGGGAAUUUAUCGCUAGAUCUAGUACCUUUAUAUCAAUUUUGUACAUAAUAGAUUCACUUUUUCAAACUCUUUCAUUUUCGCCAUUCCAAAUUACAGAUCGUUUAAUCUGAAAAUCUAUCUCUCUGUGUCACCUUGUUCGAGGGAAUUCACUCUGUAUCUGCUCAUAAUGCAGUAACUGUAUAUUCAAUAGUUCGUUAAAUAGUAUGAAGUAUUUGUGCAACAUUUAUCGCUAACUAAAAUCGAUAGCACCAUCUGUGAAUUGAUAAAUAGCUGUCUAUAUAGAAUUCAUUCCUAUAUUGAUUGGUUGAAUCUUCCCAUUGAUGGUUAGGAUUGAAAUUGGUCAGUUUCUUAGUGGCUUAUGUGCAUUCUGUGUGGAUUGCCUCGACAUCACCUUAGGUCACAAGCGUUAUAAGAGAUUAAUCAACUGCAGUUCUAAACAUCAAUCGGAAGAUUCAAACAAACAAUACAAAAACAAGUUAAAACUCCACCCCAUUUCACAAGUUAAUCGCUAUCUGAACUCAGUAACUAAGUAGAUAACGCGAUGACGUUUGAAGCAAAUGGUGUUGGGUUUGAGUCUUAGAGUGAACAUCAACUCUGUGAUACAGGUACAUCUAUUUGAUGAGUCCUAAAUAGGACGAAACAUGCGUUCUGGAUUCCAUUGCUAGCCACUAUCAAUCUUUGUUUAUAAUGUCUAUGUAAUAGUAUACUUAUUGGUUGUGAUGUACAUGGUUAAACUGAAUUUUAUGCAACAGAAUUUUAUUUAAAACCUAUUUUGAAUAUUUUAAUCUCCAAGAUAGUAGUAGUAGUAGAUAACGGAGGUUUCAGGUUGGAAAAAUAGUCUAAAAUUGUAUUCAUUUUAAAGUAAUUCUUUAGAGAACUGUCGAAUUUAAAGUUUAGAUUCAGUGACACUUAAUAUUGAUUUUCAAUAAAAUCUACUAUAAAGUGUUUUCGAUACAGCAUAAAUUUCAGGUGUUUUGUAUCAAUACUUAGACUGAAGGUAUAAUUUACAUGAGAAUGAACAUUAUUUUGCUUUGUUGUCAAAGGCUGAAAAGCACUUCAGCAAACACACUUUGUUGAUGGAGUGAUUGAUCAUUGAAUAGUGAGUGACCAAUGAAUUUAAAUAAAUCAGUACUACAGGAGAUCAGCCACUGGUUGAAUAGCUCAGUCAUUAUGAGAGUGUGUUAUGUGAUGUGCGUCUAAGUUCCACGAGGAGCAUUAAUUCCAUCAGUAUUUGAGGUAAGCCUUGAUGAUAAGUGACAAUUGGUAAGAAACCUGGGUUCAAUGCUUACUGCUGAAUAGCUCCAAUGAAUGGAAAACUUAUUGAAAAUUAUGAGAAGGAAACACUUAGUGUACAUUGAAGAA